AGAGAGAGAGAGGGAGAGAGAAAGGGAGAGAUCCUGUCUUUUCAGCAGCGGGCACACAAGGCUCGUUAAUAGACUCCAGAUGCCUUCACAGAAAACGCGCGUCUGCGGGCUGUGUGGAUCGCCUCUUCUUCCUUGAAGCACACAGACGCGCGCCGAUCUCCCUGCUGUCGAAAAAAGACCCCGACAAUAUUAUGGAUUUGCAUCCCGUUUCGGAACACGUGGAGAGCUUAUUUACGAGCCUAGCGGCUGUGCGCCCGUCCUCCCUGUGAUGGAGGAGCGAGACGGUGGUGCAUCGGUGGAAUUGAGUGAGAGGUGCAGAGGAGACGAUCAAUGAAGACACCGAGAGCUCCUGCGCGUUUGGGCAAGGUCAGACUCUAGCCCGGAAAAGAUUAUGCCCAUGCGGAGACAGCGACAACAAGGACGGACUUUGACGCUUCCUUUCUGGGGACGAGGCUGCCCGGGGAUGUCCCCUGAAAACCAAGAGUUUCUCUCUUUGCCUUGGCUGGCAGGGGCAGUUACGUGUUGAGGUUGUUUAUUUUUUGACAGUCUGCAAGCUGCGCCGCUUCCUUCUUUCCACCCUCACCUUGGAGAUAAAGUUUCUUCGCCCUGCUCGACGAUUUGAUUCUCCCCCUGAUCCGCUCAGCUGGAGCCAGUCUCGGGGGGUGAUCUCGGGUCUGCUGGUGCAAAAGGGGGGCAACGGUGGAUUGAAUUCCACCAGAGCGGCAACAAACACAGCGGUGGCCAGCUGUUGUUUCUGGACGGUCACAUCUGCCGUCGUCGCUGUCCAUGGUGCUAAACUCGAGCUCCAGGAAUGGUGGAGACGCUGAGUAUCGCAGUCAUCGGUGCUCCCGGAGUGGGGAAAACUUCUAUAAUCCGCCAGUUCAUCUAUAACGAUUUCUCGGAGGUGUACACGCCGACCCGGACCAGAUAUGUGUACAGACCCUCCGCCAUACUGAACGGCAACAUGUAUGAGCUGAAGAUUUUGGACGUCCCGCCAAUCUCCUCUUUUCCAUCGAGCUCCAGUCAGGAGUGGCUGGAUUUGCGCUGCAGAGGUGUCCGCAACGCCAACGCUUACAUCCUGGUGUACGACAUCUGCUGCGUGGAGAGCUUUGAAUAUGUCAAAAUGAUCAGACAGCAGAUAGUAGAGCACAGGGAAGGCAGCAGCAGCGAGGUGCCAAUCUUGGUGGUGGGGAACAAGAGGGAUUUGCAGCGGCAGCGUUUCAUGCCUCGCAGGGCGGUGUCGGUCCUGGUGAAGAAGACCUGGAAGUGUGGCUAUGUGGAGUGCUCUGCCAAGUUUAACUGGCACGUAGUCCUGCUCUUCAAAGAACUGCUGGGCAUUGCUGUGGCUCGGGGCAUGCGCCAGAACCACACCUCCAUCCGUCUGCAGGGAGCGUUACAGAGGAAUCGCUGCACCAUCAUGUGACCACGAGGGCUACCUCCACCCCUCUCAACUCAGGAGUGGAGCGGCAGUGGGGGAAAGGACUCUUUAUCUAAAUGGCUGGAAAAAAUACCCUGUGGCCUCCUGCUUUACUGAGCUGAUUUUUCAUAAUUGAGGUUUAGUAGACUCUUGCGCUGUAAAAGACACUGACGUAUCACACAUGGUCAUCCAACCACUUCCUAGUCAGAUUCUGGCCGUUGUGCAGAAACAUGGCAGAAGGAGAGAGAGAGAGCAGUUGAAAACUAAUAGAGUUAGAAAAGCACAGUGGUUUACUAUCACAUCAGUUAAACAUUUCAUGCUGUGCUUCCGAAAAUAACACAGCAACAGUUCUGUAGCCGGGCCCGUCUGAAUGGAAGCUGUGUGCGUGAGACUCAAAACGGAGAGGCAGCAAUAUCAUCAAGUCUUCCUUUUGACUUUGUCACAUUCAGAAAGGUCAACAGCAGAGGCCCAUACAGUACCUGGCAUUUUGAUUUAUUUGAGGUCGACGGCCUUUGACAUAAUACAAAGCAAAUAUAUUCAUUUCUGGGGAGAUUGUCGUGAAAUGUACAUAAAUAGGUAGGAUUAGAUGGUGUUUCAUUUAGAUUCUCGGAAGUAGCCCGCAUUUUUUUCUUUUUCUUUUCCUGUCCCUAUUAUAAACCUGGCCCACGGCAACAGAUAUUCGUUCAGAUGAAGGGUGUUUUAAGGUUGUCUUGCAGCAGAAAACACUGCAGUCCCUUAUCGUCGAGACGUACUGUAGGACUUUAAUCUGCCCCCACCUCUCACUCAGUGUCUGUUUCUGAUGAAUACAUUAAAUCCAGGGAACUGGGGACCUGCAAGAGGCUGCAGAGCCUGAAGCGAGAACCAGUACACACCGCUGGUGGUUUGUGUGUGCAGGAGUGAAGGUGAUAGGUGACUCUAAGGCUAGCAAACGACAGACACAGCAAGAUAAGAGACAGAUGCUGAAGCUUUGUGUUAGAAAAGAGCAAUAAAAUCCCACAGGGAUAUCCUGACUGACCACUAUAUUAUAUUUAAAAGGUCUCACAUACAGCAGAUGUAAUCCACUUGCGCUCAGAUAUCCUGUACAAAUGAGGAAGCAGAACUCAGUGACGUGACUCAUCGAGUUCUGCUUCCUGAAAUUCCCCACCUGUGCAACUCAGACACAAAAUCAUCAGUAAAGCUUUCAUAUUAGUUUCUGAAUACUAUCUAAUUGGUAAUGUUGUGAGAUUAACAGUUGCUUUUGCAUUUGAUUAGGCAUAGAUAGGUACUUUGUGAAUAUAGGUCUGCGCUCAAAGUAAGCAGGCCUAUUGUAAUGUAUAUAAGAGUGAUUCAUGGAGUAAUUGACUUGCAUGCUUUUGUUGGUAGAGCCAACGGGUCAGGGUUCAAUUGCACUGAUGUGAAAAUGUGAUAUCGUGUUUAAUUUUUGUAAUACAUGGAUCUGCGUAGAGUGAAUGUGGUCGUUUUUCACUGGCAUGUGAGAGCACAAGCUCAUGGAUUCUCUCUUCGAGAUGUAGUGUUGAGCCCUUCCUUCAGUCGGGGUAGAUGGCUGUGUUAGUUUUAUUUUUGUUUUGUCUGUUUUUCUCGUACAAAAUAUAUAUAUAUAUAAAAGAGGAGAAAUAUGUAGCAGAGAUACAUUAGAAAGCAAAUGUGUGUAGCAUGAGUUCUCAUCGGUUUGUUUGUGUGCGCAUUUUCAAAUAAAAAGGGCUACAGUUUUUUAUCAGAAUCGUUGCUUGUAUGUAUUUUUAUGGUGUUAGUACUGUGAGUGAUGAUUUUUUGCCUUUUGACACAUGAUGAUGAAUGAUUAAAUGCGUCUGAGAACAGUAA